UGAUUGUAUUUUUUGUUCUCCACACUACUCUGGAUGCUGUCAUAGGAUAAAUUAACAAAAAUAUUCUUUGAUCGGUUGCUCAAUCUCCAAUGAAAAAAUACGUGCGUAGAAAUCCGGAAGUGAACUUUGCUCUGCRACCUUGAAUAACAUUGACCAGCGGUCGUUCAAAAUCAAGAUGGCGGAUGGACCCAGCUGAAUGAUAUGUUCAGCUGAUUUUAUAAAUAGUUCUGUUUGUUGCGGAUAACUAAGUUAGUUUAUUAAAUGAGUCUUCGUGCAAUAUGGGUAUUUUUGAGUACAGUACCUGAAAAUGGCUUGGAUAAAGUGGUAUUUUCGAGGUACUAUGCAACGGUAGAAAGAAGGUCGAAUCAUAUCCAUAAGAACAAUGUCCAAAUUCCAGAUGAAUCCCUUAUCUGUGAUAACCUUAUAAAAGGACGAAGAAAGAACAUUAAUAGUUCUGUAGAGGAGUUUCAUCCUAUGAGUGACAGCUGCUGCAUUGUCCAAUCAAAACCAGUCUAUGAAAUCCCACUGAAUGAUGGUUCUAGCCUAUGGCCCAUAGUUGCUAUUGAAAAGUUUGGAUUGAUCUUUUCAUGUCUGCCACUAGUUGAGCAAGAUUUAUCCAAUGGAAAAGUUCCUCUCAUUGAAUUGCCUGGUGUUACCAUUGGUUACAAGCUGCUUCAUUCAUUAGCUGAGUUCAUAGGGGCAUGGUCUUCUCCUAAUGAGCUUAUUUCCAAGGUAAAAGAUUUACAAACAUUUCUUGGUGUAGCUGUGCCUUUUGGUACCCCAGUAGACRCUAACCCCAGCACUGUACAGGCACUCAUUUCAGGGAAAGAAGUCUUAAAUCCACAAAUAAGAAGGCAACCGGCAUGGAAACCCUUUAAUCACAAGGGCAAACAACAACUUGUAUUUGCAAUCAAGGAAGAAAUUAAGGCCGCACAACACCAAGCUGAUAGUACAAAAGAUGUGUUUCAGUUGUUUGGGACCAUUGUUUGUAAAGCAGAUUUGGAUGGCAUACCAGAAAUCACAGUAAACAUAACAUCACCUUCACUGGAAUACCUUAUUGUCCAUCCCAGCGUACGAGAGGGCAACACACACACUCAAGACAUGGCACCAAACCAAGAUGUCACCCCUCCAGGGUCGGUAGGCAGAAGGAUAAGAUUUCGUCCACCAGCAGAAGUGUUCACGUUAUGUCACUAUUCAUCACAACUGCCAAACRGUUUACCUAUUGAGGGCAUUUAUCAGAUGAAGGGUGACGACAGAGCUGUGCAAAUCAUAUUACAGCUCAAACUCAAUGCAAGRGUUAAAAAUUCUUUUGAAUUUUGUGAAGUUCAUCUUCCAUUCUAUAACAGGGGUGUUAUUGUUAAAGUGGAGUCUAGUGGKCCAUCUCAUGGCAGUUUAAUGGUUGUAUCUGGGAAAAGAAUGCUGGCUUUGAAUAUAGGUCAGAAAUUCCCAAAAUCUUUGCAGGUCACAUUCUCUGGUACAGUGUUUUUUGACAGUAUUGAUUCUAUAAAAACUGGACAGCAGACUCUCACAGAAGACCCAUUUUGUCAAGGCCUUAAUAGCUAUGCACAGGUAUAUUUCAAAAUGACAGAYUUUACCCUCACUGGUUGUAAUAUUGAUUCACGAUCUCUAAACAUUUAUCCAAACACCAAGAUAUCUAAAUUAAAUACAAGUGUUGAGUGCAUGACAGCUGACUAUAAGAUAUGGAACACCUUUGGAGAUGCUAUGAUUAUGCAUAAUCCAAUACACUGAUGAAAAUUCUGUUUGAUUAAUUCCAAGCACUGAUCCCCAAGAUAAGGUAGACAGACAGACAGUUCAUAAUUUGACAAUUUGCAGGCAGUUUUCCAUUGUUUGUACUCUUAUUGACAAUGAAAUCGACGUCAAAA